UGUCAGUGUGUUUUAUAUGGUUCCUAUUCCCGACUGCAGAACAAUGAAUUCAGAGUGAGUGAUGUCGAGCAAGUCCUCCAGUGCUGCUUGCUGUCUGUGAGAGAAGGUGGGAGUGUUCAUUCAUAAGGUCAUCAGUCGCUGCUGCCAGUGCCUCCCAGCCUGGGGGUGUGAACAAGACUGCUGCUGCUAAACCCGGAAUUGGAAAAGGUGCAUUAACCCUCCUGCGUUCUUGCUGAUCAGGGGUUAUUGAAGCUUUUGAAUGGAUUUAUUUGAAGCAUCUGCUUCAUCUAACUUUUUAUAAAGAAGCCAAAUAGGAAAACGGCUGCUGGAUGAAUUGUAGUAUGUAGACAUUUACCCUUCAUCAAACACAAGACCAUGUCUUCCAUGCCGCAUUCUUUUACAAUGCCUCACAACUGGAAAGGACAAGCUGAGCUCGGAAUUCCCCGCAGCUUAAGUUAUAUCAAUAACCUUUACCAACAUGCACGACUGGUAGAAGGAUUUGGUGGCCCAAAAGUUUGCAUAACCAAAGAGCUGCCAAAAGCAGGCCGCCCCCAUCGGAGCGAGGAAAAGGUGAGCAACAGCUGUGAUCCAGAACUGCGUCCUAUUAUGCGCCGUAGAACAAAGUCUCUGCCUAGUUCUCCAGAGAGAAAGACUGCUGCCAAAUGUCGGCCUCUGUGCCAUAAAGUCAGGUUCGCAGAUUCACUAGGUUUGGAGUUGGCGGAAGUAAAGGUGUUCAACAUUGGUGACGACCCAUCCAUCCCUCUACAUGUUCUAUCACGCCUUUCCAUCAACUCAGACCUGUGUUGUAGCCAAGACUUGGAAGUUUCCAUUGAAUAUUUGGAGCCAGACUUCAAACAGCCUGGAGAGUGUGAAGAUUUCUUGGAGCUUCUGCAUCAAUAUUGUGUCCGCUUAGAACAUGUUACCAGCUCGGAAGAGCUAGGGAUUUCCGGCACCAUUCGAGUGCUAAAUCUUGCCUUUGAGAAAAUGGUUUCAGUGAGGUAUUCCUUCACUAACUGGAAAACUCAUUGUGACGUGAAAGCAAUUUGGCAAAAUAGUGGUGGCACAGAUGUUCCUAACACAGAUGUUUUUGCCUUUGUUAUUACAUUACCACCUUUUAUCCAGCAAGUCUGCUCUGUGAUACAAUUUGCUAUAAGGUACCAGGUUGCUGACAAAGAUUAUUGGGAUAACAACUAUGGUAAAAACUAUUCCUUUACAUCAAAGAGUCACAGACUUAUAAUGCCAAAGGACUGUGAGCAUAGCUGGAUCCAUUUUAUCUAACCAAAGUAUUAUGCUGUAGUUUCAAUCUAUUGCUGGAGAGAAGAACCUUGAUACAAUUGAUUUCUAGUGUUUUCAGGUUUGUACACUGCAGCCUCUGUGGUUACACAGGAUCAUCACUGAGAAUCUAGAAGCAGAGUAAAUGACAGACAUGAUGGACUGUCAGGUGAUCGUUGCCACUGGACUAAACAGUGUUUGAUUUGCACAUCAUUAUGCAUACUUGCUGUAAACUAUUGUGUUGCAAAUAUUUGUUGAGUGCGGUUGCUUGGUUGUUAUAAAUGUGAUAAUAUAAAAGAUUUGCACUGACAGAUGCCCUUAUAGAGAACACUGUACAUACCUGGGGU